AUGUCAAAAGAACGCCUGGCGUGGAUCCCCAUGGGGCCUGGGCUUUGGGAAGGCAUCCUGAAGGUUGGGUCGCCGAGGAUACAGAAGGUCUCGGGCAGGUCCCGCUGCACUCAGGCUCAAGCCAGCUUUGCUCUCCUCAUGGCUCUCGGCGUGGCAAACCGAGUCCUGAACAGGAUCGCAGUGGUACCGCUGAAAAACUACGUAUUCUUUCUGGCCCAGUUCCAGACAUUUGGAUACGUGGUAAUUUAUUUUGCCAUUCUUUUUGCUCGCACAAGGACAGGUGCUGUCACUGCUGAAAUGCUGUCAGUUCCGAAAAAACGUUUUGUUUUCAUCGGCUUCUUUGAGGCAGCCUCGCAGUUGCUGGCUUUGAUCGCUGCAGCACAGCUGCCCGGCGUCCUGUUACCCAUCCUCGGCCAAUCGUUGAUCGUGUGGCAAUUCUUGUGGUCUGCGGUGCUCCUGGGCCAAAGAUUUGGUCCAGAGAAGGUGCUGGGAGCGGGCCUGGUUGGGGUUGGCGCAAGCAUGGCUGCCUUGGCUUCCAUGGGCAGCUCAGCUGGGAGCUCGAUGUCUGCCGACCCCUUUUACGUUGCUUUGUACACCUUGGCCUUCUCUUUGCCAUCCCUUGCGAUCAUAUUCAAGGAGCAGAUUUUUGCUGAUGCCAGAAAGAACCUGAAGGGAAAGGAGCUGGAUUUGUUUGUUGUGAAUUCAUUUGGGUCUCUCAUGCAGGCCCUCUGGGUGUGCCUCUCGCUGCCAAUCCUGACAUCACUUCGCAACAUACGCCUCGCUGACCUGCCCCAGUACCUGCUGGAUGGCGGCAAGUGCUUCCUGGGCUCCACUCCCAGCUGUGGGAGCGACUGCACGGGUGCGCCCCUGCUGCCCAUCUUGUACGUCGUGACCAACCUGGCGUUCAACAUUGUGGCGCUGUACGUGCUGCGGAGCUUCGGCGGCGUCCUGACGGUGCUGGGGGCGGCGGGAAUCAUCCCUCUCACUGUCUUCGCCUUCACGUUCAACCUGCCUUUGCUGGGCUCUUCUGGUACGUUGGGACCUACCUUCCUCUUUGGCACCGCCCUAUUGGUGCUCGGAAUGCUGAGCUACAAUGCAAGGGACCUGCUUCCGGUGGUGUCCAAAUGGCUCCAACAGGCGAAGCCAGCCCAGCAGUAG